AUCUUUUCACUGUUCCAUUUAAUGAAUUAGGUGCUGCAUUAUUAGCUUUUACAGGAAACGAUGUUUUUAACCGAAGUAUGAGAUUGCUUGCAAGAAAACAGGAUAUCUCUCGAGGUCGCGAUGGUUUAAGUUUUGAAGGGACAUUGGUUGCACAAAGAACUGAAAGGGAAAUAUUUGAUGCUCUGGGGGUUCCAUGGCGGUAA